ACAUUACUCCCGUCUUGAGCCUCUCCCUCUAUUGGACUGUCUUUCUCCCGCAGGGAUAAACAAAUGGCAGCUGCGGUCUGCUUCAACUGUGCCACGCCGGCCAGCACCGGUCUCCAGCCACGCAAGCGAUGCCUAGAGGACCGUGUCGUUUUGGGGAAGAUCGCCAAGCAGCUGAAUGUGACGAGGGUGAGUGCGGGGCGAGGACAGCCUUCAAGAAGGUCCAGGGUCGGACCUGUAAGAUGCAGUGGGGUCGGGAUAGGGGACUUUAUCGGAGGCGAUCUGCUGAAGCCCGACCUCGGCCGCUGGCUCUCGGACGUCGAGGAGCACAAAGCGCUCGCCAUCUACACGCCUCACGAGGGAGGCUAUGAGGGACGCUACCUCAAUCGCCUCAGGCGCCAGGGCUACUACUUCCUCGACCUCACGGCUCGAGGCCUCGGCGAUCCCGAGACCACUCUCACCAAGAUUCACCCCGUUUGCCCUCCGCACGUCGGGAAGCAGCCCAUAGCAAGGUGGUAUUUCCCACCGGAAGUAGAUUACAGGCUCGCGGCACUACCCCCUGAUGCUAAAGGCCUAGUCGUCUGGAUAAUCGAGGCCAAGGUUCUGUCCAAAUCCGAGCUCCAGUUUCUCGCCUUACUUCCCACGCUCCGGCCGAAGGUCAGGGUCAUCGCAGAGUGCGGCAACUGGCGAAAGGUCAUGUGGAAGCCGCUCAAAGAAAUCGCAGGUUUGACUGCAGAUACCGAAUCAUGAUCGACCCAGCCAGGGGACACCAAUAGUGAUAUCAACAGCAAAUCAGGAAUGCACGGUAGAUGAUUUACAAUCCUCCAGGCAAUGAUUGCUCCAACUUCGCCAUUGUCCGAGGAACUCAGUCGUGGCAGGGAGGAGCACCAGAAAAUCAAUACAGCCCUUGGCAAGCUGUUGCCUGUGCAGAAACUACAUAUGUUGACACAACUAUGUUUGCUAUUCAUUGCUCUUAGAUUAUCUACUCAAGGCAUCCAACGAGCACAAUUUUUAAACGUGUCACCACCUGGAAAAAUGCAUAAGCAAGGAAGACACUGUGUCGCAUCCAUUGUAUUACAUUUCCUAUUAUGUAAUCAACUAACAGACCCGGCAGGUAAAACGGAAAAGCAUAGCAGUUUCACAUUC